AUGAAUGCUACUGAAAAUAAUUCCUUAGAUUUAGAACCUUUUAACUCUAUAUUAGACCGAAAAUAUUUUCCUUAUUUUUUUUUCCUAUUUGAAAUAUAUUCUUUUAUAAGUAUUUUUUGUUUAUUUGAUUAUAAUAAUGUAAACAGAACAAAACAAAGUAUUAAAACGAGCCUUAUUUUAUGUUUCAUAGCAUCUAUUAAUAUAGGGCUUUCCAUAUAUUUUUUAUUGUUAUAUUUUGAUGUUUGUGUUUGA